UGCGCCGCCCUCUGCAGCCUCCCUCCGCCCCGGGCUGGACGCGACGCGCGUGGUCCCCGCGGCCUGGCGCGCGCACGGGGGUCCGUGCGCCUGCAAGCGGCGCGUCGCCUAGCCACGCCGGAGCAGCGGGUGCAGCAGGAGCUGCGGAUCCAGGAGAGCAGCGGGAGCAGCGGGCGCGGGCGCACGGCCCGGGAGCAUGCCCGCGCAGCCCCGCUGAAUGGCGCCUCCCGUGCGCCCGGGGAUGCCGCCCGUGCUGCUGUUGCUGCUGCUGCUGCCGCUCGGCUCCCUUCCAGGAGUGUGGAGCUUUAGCGAACUGUUUUUCAUGAAAGAACCGCAGGAUGUAACUGUCACAAGGAAAGACUCCGUCUCUUUAGAUUGCCAGGCUCACGGAGAAGGUCCCAUUAAGGUCACAUGGAUGAAAAAUGGAGCGAAAUUGUCUGAAAACAAACGGAUCCAGGUUCUGUCUAACGGCUCUCUGUACAUCAGCGAGGUGGAAGGCAGGCGAGGAGAGCAGUCCGAUGAAGGAUUUUAUCAGUGCUUGGCAGUGAACAAGUACGGGGCCAUCCUCAGUCAGAAAGCUCAUCUGACAUUGUCAACUAUUUCCGCGUUUGAAGUCCAUCCAGUUUCUACUGAAGUCCACGAAGGGGGAGUGGCUAGAUUUUCUUGCAAGAUUUCAUCAAACCCCCCUGCAGUCAUAACAUGGGAGUUUAACAGGACAGCUAUGCCUAUCAACAUGGACAGGGUGACGGCCCUGCCCUCAGGAGUGCUUCAGAUCUAUGAUGUUGGCCCGGAGGAUGCUGGGAAUUACCGCUGUGUUGCGUCGACUACAGCUCAUAAGCGGAAGAGCAUGGAGGCCUCCCUGACCGUCAUUCCAGCUAAUGAGUCGAGGCCCUUCUACCUGCCGACCAUCAUAGCCGGUCCACAGAAUGUAACUGUGUCGCUGCAUCAGACAGCUGUGCUAGAGUGCAUGGCCACAGGCUGUCCCAAACCCAUCAUUUCCUGGAGCCGGCUUGAUCACAAGUCCAUUGAUGUCUUCAAUACUCGGGUACUUGGAAAUGGCAACCUCAUAAUAUCAGAUGUCAAGCUGCAGCAUACUGGAGUGUAUGUUUGUCGGGCCACAACCCCUGGCACUCGCAACUUCACAGUUGCUAUGGCAACUUUAACUGUAUUAGCUCCUCCUUCAUUCGUUGAAUGGCCUGAAAGUUUAACAAGACCACGAGCUGGCACUGCACGGUUUGUGUGUCAGGCAGAGGGAACUCCCUCACCCAAAAUGUCUUGGUUGAAAAAUGGGAGGAGGAUACAUUCAAACGGCAGGAUUAAAAUGUACAACAGCAAAUUGGUGAUUAACCAGAUUAUCCCUGAAGAUGAUGCUUUUUAUCAGUGCAUGGCCGAAAACAGCCAAGGGUCUGCUCUGUCUCGAGCCAGACUGACCGUGGUCAUGUCGGAGGAUAGGCCCAGCGCUCCAUACAAUGUUCAUGCUGAAACCAUGUCGAGCUCCGCCAUCCUCCUAGCUUGGGAGAGGCCGCUGUACAACUCUGACAAGGUCAUCGCCUACUCCGUGCACUACAUGAAAGCGGAAGGUUUAAAUAAUGAGGAGUAUCAGGUGGUCCUUGGAAAUGACACAACUCAUUACAUCAUCGAUGACCUAGAACCUGCCAGCAGCUACACUUUCUACAUCGUGGCGUACAUGCCAAUGGGAGCUAGCCAGAUGUCGGACCAUGUGACACAGAACACUCUAGAAGAUGUGCCCCUAAGACCUCCUGAAAUUAGCUUGACGAGCCGAAGUCCCACCGACAUUCUUGUCUCCUGGCUGCCAAUCCCGGCCAAGUACCGGCGGGGCCAAGUGGUACUGUACCGACUGUCCUUCCGUCUGAGCACUGAGAAUUCCAUCCAAGUUGUGGAACUCCCGGGGACUGUGCACGAGCACCUCCUGGAAGGCCUGAGGCCCGACAGUGUCUAUCUGGUCCGGAUUACAGCUGCCACCCGCAUGGGGCUGGGAGAGUCAUCAGUGUGGACCUCACACAGGACACCCAAAGCCACGAGCGUGAAAGCCCCUAAGUCCCCUGAGCUUCAUUUGGAACCCCUGAACUGUACAACCAUCUCCGUGAGGUGGCUGCAGGACACCGAGGACCCAGCCACCAUUCAGGGCUACAAGCUGUUUUACAAAGAGGAAGGGCAGCAGGAGAAUGGACCUAUUUUCCUGGACACCGGUGACCUGCUGUAUACCCUCAGUGGCUUGGAUCCCAGAAGAAAAUACCACGUGAGGCUGCUGGCUUACAACAACAUGGAAGAUGGCUACCAGGCUGACCAAACUGUCAGCACUCCCGGAUGCGUGUCUGUUCGCGAUCGCAUGGUCCCUCCGCCGCCGCCACCCCACCAUCUCUAUGCGAAGGCUAACACCUCCUCUUCCAUCUUCCUGCACUGGAGGAGGCCUGCAUUCGCCACGGCCCAAGUCAUUAACUACACCAUCCGCUGUAACCCUGUCGGCCUGCAGAACGCCUCUCUGGUUCUCUACCUGCAAACAUCAGAAACCCACAUGUUGGUUCAAGGACUGGAACCAAACACCAAGUAUGAAUUUGCUGUCCGGCUGCAUGUGGACCAGCUCUCCAGUCCCUGGAGCCCUGUGGUCUACCACUCCACCCUGCCAGAAGCACCCACAGGCCCCCCAGUGGGCGUAAAGGUCACACUGAUAGAGGAUGACACUGCCCUUGUUUCCUGGAAACCCCCAGAUGGCCCAGAGACAGUCGUGACACGCUACACCAUCUUGUAUGCUUCCAGGAAGGCCUGGAUUGCGGGCGAGUGGCAGGUCCUGCACCGAGAAGGGGCAAUCACCAUGGCUCUACUGGAAAACCUGGUGGCAGGGAAUGUGUACAUUGUCAAGAUAUCUGCGUCCAACGAGGUGGGCGAAGGGCCCUUCUCAAAUUCCGUGGAGCUGGUUGUCCUCCCCAAGGACACCUCAGAAUCGAACCAGAGGCCGAAGCGAUUGGAUUCUUCUGAUGGCAAAGUUUCUUCAGGCUAUUACCAUCUGGACCAGAAGUCAAUGACGGGUAUCGCAGUAGGCGUUGGCAUAGCCUUGACCUGCAUCCUCAUCUGUGUCCUCAUCUUGAUAUACCGAAGCAAAGCCAGGAAAUCAUCUGCCUCCAAGACAGCACAGAAUGGAACCCAGCCGUUAUCCCGAGCUGGUGCCUCUGUCGCUGCGGGAAGUGAAAUGGGGAAGAACCUGGAGAGAGCUACAGAGAAUGAAGAGUCCUUGGUACCCAUGAUGCCGAGCAGCUUCAUAGAUGCGAAGGGAGGGACUGACCUGAUCAUCAAUAGCUAUGGUCCUAUCAUUAAAAACAACACUAAGAAAAAGUGGCUUUUCUUCCAAGACACUAAGAAGAUGAAAGCUGAACAGACACAACGACGGUUUACCACCCAGGCUGCUGUCUGCUUUUACCAGCCGGGCACCACCGUGUUGAUCAGCGAUGAAGACUCCCCCGGCUCCCCAGGCCAGACCACCAGCUUCCCAAGACCCUUUGGGGCUGCCCUCGACACUGAGCAUUCAGCGAACAGCGAAGGCAGCCACGAGACAGGGGAUUCUGGAAGGUUCUCCCACGAAUCCAAUGAUGAGAUACACCUGUCCUCGGUCAUCAGCAGCACGCCCCGUACCUCGAGUCCCCUGGCUGGUGGCGAUUCUGAUGGAACUGCCGCACUGGAGAAGCGAGGAGAGCCCGCGGAGCCGGCCGAGCAGCCCACCUCCUCCUCAGCCGCUCAGCCGCCGCCUGCAGGGCCAAGCUUUGCCGCCGACGGCUUUCCCAUCUGACAGCCGUGCUCAGGGAUUUACAACCAGCGUCUGUUCGAAGGACAAUGAACAGGGAGCCUACGCCUUUUGUGAAAAUCUUGAUGUCUUACUGGGUUUUUUUUUUAUCUUUUUAAAUUUUUUAAUUAUUUUUAAGCGCACGAAUUUUGAAUGUUUCAAUUGUCAACAAUGUGAAAAAGGGCAGUCAGGAUGCUUGACUGGGUUCUAAGAGAAAUCACUGGAGCGGAGGGAAGACUGCCCGAGCCCUCUGCUGAAUAGCUACCUCAGUUUGCUGUUGGCAGACUCUGAAGAAGCGAGCGUGCUGCCUACUUCCGGGCUGGUUUCUCUCGGCGGCACAGCCAGCGGGACUUCCUAGUGACGCCGCGUGUCCCUUGUGUGUGUGAUGUGUUUAACUGAGGAGUCCCGUGGGUAGAUGAGGACGAAUGUUGAUCUGAAGCUCUGAUUUUUUUUCCUUUUUUUUUUUUUAAGAACUGUGACAUUUUCAUGAUUUGGAUAAUGUUAAGAUCUCUGACUGUGAGGAGAAAAUAUGGGACUAUAUUUAUUUGAAUGGACGAAACCAGUAUGUCUCUUUGGAGAAGAGAACCAUUCCAUAGCAUGUAGAGGAGCGUAUCCUUGCAAGGCUGUGGGAUUGGAGCACCAGGGCAGGAGUCCUUUGCUCUAGCCUGCACCAGCCUGCCUUCUGCCUGCAAAAGCCACCUUGGCCCCAUAGUCAGUCAAGGGCCGCGCUUUCAGAACAUCUCCAGAGUUUCCCAGCUAGCUGCAAAACACAAUGUAGGAAAGUGGUGUUGUUUUUUUUUUAUUUUUUAAUGGUUCAGAUUUUCUCUUUUAAAAUCCCAGUUGGGCUUCAAAUGGGUCGAAGACGUGUCAUGAAGUAUUAAGAAUGAAGAUAAACAAAGCAGUAGAAAACAAGAUGAACUUGAGGUUUUCGUAAUAGCAGUGCCUUCCAAUAUAAUGAGAAUUUUUGCCUUAUACCUUUUUAAUAUUCAUGAAGAUGUUUAGGAAAAGGGUACCACAAAUUCGCCUUAACAAAGCUUGCAUCUCACUGAUAGCUCUGUUGCUAUCCGGCACCUUGUUGGCGUUGUUCUCUUCCUGAAGCGCAGGCUUGCCUUGGGGAUGUUGUGCCCCACCGCCCCGGUGGCUGAGCUUCCUGCCCUACUAACUCCAGGAGUGAGUUCAUCUUCUGCCUGGCUUGAAAUCAGCAAGUUCUUUACUCAGCCCCUUAUAGUUCUCAGUCAUGAGGCAACAACCUCGGUGCUGAGCCACAUUCGAGGGACAGAAAAAUGAGACGCAUGAAACAGAGGCACGUCCUUAGCCUUUUAAAAUCAUUGGGUUUUGCCCUCCCCCGGUUUUCUGGAAAUGGUAUUUUAAAAGAGGGGCCCCCUGUGGGGGUUUCCCUUGAACCCCUCCCUCCACAGAGGAAACAGGUCCUGCCAAAUGGUGUUCUAAAGUCACGGGAACUCUGCUGGAUAAUCAUCCCGGUGCCCUCUAUUCUCGAUGACCCUACCACACAGUUUUUCCAUUGUGAUUCUAGAAUGCCAGGCUUAGAACCUGACGCCCAGGCUGUGCCAGCCACCACUUCUGAGCACAGUUCUGUCCCUCCCGCUGUGGACUUUGUAGCAGAAUGCUGGCGGGGAGGUUAGAAAAAAGAAUAAGGAAAAGCAGAGUUUUAGGUGAACAACGGGAGGCAAGUAAGAGUGGCUUCCCCUGCCUUGGUGCUCCUGUUUAUACUACCUCUUUUUAAAGUUAUUCUAGUGUUAUUGUUCUUUCCUGUACUCAGGGAGUUGUGUUUUGUUUCGUUUUGUUGUUUUGUUUCUUUUGAGCUCAUGAUGCAUGGGCAGGUGCAUUGACAGGGUAUGGUGUCGUUUGGUUCGUUGUAGACGCCUGUGGGCCGACUUCUGUCAGAAUCUACAACGAAGAGGUACAACGGGAUCAGUUGUUUUCAGUCUUCAAAAGCAAACAGAAUGUAAAGGUGAAACUUCAGGCUUAGGGCCACACACAUCGGAACCGAGUCCCCGGCCUGGGUCAUCUGAGGGUCUGAGGGGACACUGUCGCAGAAGAAAGUGCUCUGUUUAUUAAUGAAUAGGCCCUUAGUUACAAUAGACCGUUAGCUUAUAACUAUUUGCUAGCUCAUUUUUUUAACCUCUUCAUUCUAUUCUUAUGUAGACUUUUCUGUCAUAAUUCUGUUACCAGAGAAUUUUCAGUAGAAAAUGAAAUUUCUAUUAUAAUUACCCUAAAUUUAAGUCACUAGAAACUGCUAUAAAUAGACUCAGUUACAAGAGAUUUCUAACCCCAAACUGUAGGAUUUAUAUUGAUAGUUACAGUUAAUUAGAGUAGUGACAUCUUACUGUCACCAGAGUGUUUAAGCUGUAAUUUCCUUGCCAGCAGAUGGUUAUAAAGUAUUUCAACUGUAGGGUUGUUUUUCCCCCCCUUCAAUAAGUAAAGAAAUCUUUAACUCUAUAGUAUUAAUGUAUUUUCAAAUUUUUGAAAUUACUUGUUGGAAAGGAAAAAAUCACUAAAAAAUAUGUAUUUUGAACUCAUGGAAUAAGGUAUUUAAUGUUCAACAGAGGCUUUUGGCUUGGUGAAAUCCAGCUUCUCUGAAGCCUGAAGUGCAAAACUCUAACUAACCUGUGAAUUACCACUUCUCCCUCGGGGCGACAUUGCUUCACCACAUUCCAACCCCAAAUAAGCUGAUAGGAAACUUGACUUGUUUCUUUUUCCAAAGGGAGAUUUGCUAGAAUUGCUGAUAACCUGCCUGUCAUUUUUAAUGUCAAAUGUUACAAAAUACUGCUCAUCAGUAUUUUCAUACCAAAGACCAUUAAAAUAUAUAAUUUAGUCUGUAAGUAAAGAUGAGCAGAUUUAAAAUAAAUUUAUUUAGAAGCAGAUAGGGAAUCUAGCUUUAGUGGCAAAAAGAAAAUACCAAAAGGCUAAGUUUACAUAGUUAAAGGCAAUACAGUUAUAUUGGUUAUUUAUCAGUGUUUUUUAUUCGAGUACUUUAUAUCAGCAAAUUAAAAAGAAAUUAAAAACCAAAGAUAUUUAAGGUUACCUCAGAAUAUAGGGAAAUUUAGCUGUACAUUGAACUGUUGUUUGUUGUUUUAUGUUAAUGAAAUGUCUCUCCAGAACCUCUCCUCUGUGCCCAGAGCGCGUCCUGAGGGUUUUCAGUGAAAUCUGCUGGUUCAGCCACAGGGAUGUUUUUGCCUAAUGGUUCGAUACUUCCGGAAGGCCCAUGAGUGUGGCAGGUCAGCAGAUACAACAUUGGGCUCCUCUGUUACUGGGUACUGUGGGAACCGUAAAUCCACCUGUAUACUUGCAUUCCUACGUAAAGUCACUCUCUGGCUAUUCAGACAGCUUGAGGAAGUCAAAUUCAACGAGCCACUGUUUGGAUGGGCAGAGCUUUGAGUCAAAAGGUGGUUCUUAAAUUGUAAAGUUUUCAUUGCAUCAGAGGAGCUGGGCUCUAAUCUCAAAUGGAAACCUGAGUGAAGAAUGGCUUUUUUUUAAGUACAGAAUCUAGAGAUUUCUAAAAGAUAGAUUUACCCAUUAAAUGGUUUCUUGAAAGGUAACUAGGGAAUUAGAUGCUGCUGACAUGUUACAGGCUUUCUUGCUGUUACCUCAAACACAAGCAACGCCAACAACUCGGCAGUGACUCGGGUGUGUAACAUGUCUCGCUUUCUAGAGGGCUUCUGCAAAAAAAUUAAAAUAAAUAAAUAAAUAAAAAGGCUCAUGGCUGACGACUCAGGCACUGUUAAAGUCCUUAGAAAGACACCAUUGAAAACAGUUUUCAUGUCAUCCAAAGCUGGCAUGGUAUCCCCCUCAACCAGUCAAAGGAAGGAUAGGCGGGUCGCUGAGUCCCCGCCUGCCUGCUCUACAUAGCAAAGCGAGGGGUGGGGAGUGGGGGUGUCACUACUCAUGGGUCACUGACAGUUAUAAUUCACGAUUUUAGGAGGUGUCACUACACAUGGGUCAGGGACAGUUAUAAUUCACGAUUUGCUUCUGGUCGUUGGCAUAUCAUCAGGUGACCAUUUUUGAAUACCAAAUGUGGGGGAAAAGUUUGAACUGUAUUGUAAAGAGCUGUUACUUUCCUGAGGCAGACUUUCUGCCUGAAAUUUUACUACGUGUGUCUCUGAUAAAAUUGCUUUGGUAGACGUCAAAAAUCACCUGUGCGCUCUGUGAGCACAGGGCAGUGGGUUCUGGAGACUACCCUGCUCAGCCAUUCAUCUAAUUGUGAAUCUUAUCGGUGUCUAGAAGGCAGCUGUAGGUUCUGUGCUGAGUUGUUUAUGCUCAGGAUAUAAGUUCACAGGCUAAUGCAAUGUGUGUGUUGCAGGCUUUCCUAGCAGGUGGAUACUAUAUUGAUUUUCUUGGAAUUUCCUCUAACAAACGAUCACUUAAUUUAGUGUCUGUAAACAGCAACACAGCUAUUUUAGAACUCUGUAGGUCAGAACUCUUUCUUUUUCUUUUUUUUUUUAAAGAUGUAUUUAUUAUGUAUACAAUGACGUAUUCCUGUGUGCCAGAAAAGGGCACCAGAUUUUAAUACGGAUGGUUGUGAGCCACCAUGUGG